AUGGAUAUUAAAGGAUACUACAAACUGCUUGAAAUAGACACCCAGGCGUCUGAAAGAGACAUAAAGGCUGCGUACAGGAACUUUGCAAAGAAAUACCACUCUGACGGACAGGUUGUGUCUAAUGCUCUGAAAGCAUGCAAAACCGACAAAGAGAGAGAGGCUCUGAAAAAGGAAAUGGACAAAAAGUUUUCAGAUAUAACUGCCGCAUACGAGGUUCUUUCCAAUCCGGAGAAAAGACAGAUGUAUGACAGAGGCAUAGACGAGUCGCAGAGUUUUGGCGGUGCCUCCGGCGAGUCCUUCUUCUCCUCGUUCUUCGGAGGAUCUAUGGGGUCGAUGUUUGGCGGAGAGAGAAGACCGCAGAAAAACAACCCUCGCGUGGAGAACAUACACAUCACUCUUUUGGAGGUCAUUCUUGGGACAAAAAUUAAGAGAAAGAUCACGAGAAAGAUGGUGUGCAAGCCGUGCAAAGCAACGGGCUCAAUGAACACACAGACAUGCACAAAGUGCAGAGGAGCAGGAGUGUACGCAGAAAUAACGAACAUGGGAGGCAUGCGGCUGCAAAGAGAAAUGACAUGCAAUGUGUGCAUGGGCCACGGGAUAAUGAAGUCGGGGCCAAACUGUAAAGACUGUGCAGGGAAAGGAUACAUCUCCAAGCAAGAAGAGCUCGAGGUAUCCAUCCCGCCCGGCGUAGUUGACAGAUUCCAGAUCGUCUACGAAAAGAUGGGAGAUGAGGCAUCGGGCGCCAUCACGGGAGAUCUUAUCUUCGUAGUCAACGUGAAAGAGGACAAGCGGUUCACAAGAAUUGCCCCAGAGCACCUAUACACAGAGGCCAAGGUUCCGCUGGAAGAUAUUCUAGUGCAGAGGCCUAUCAGAAUAGAAACAAUAGAUGGAAGAAUAAUCUAUGUGGAGUAUCCGCCCAUUCACACAUGCGACAUUGGCGAAGACUUCCUUCGUCUGGAUAAAGAAGGACUCCCUACAAAGAAGGGCGGAAAGGGAAGUUUGUUUAUAAGAAUAAUUCCUGUCUUCGUGGCUCCAGAGAAGGUGAAGGACCUAGGAAAGUUCCUUGCAAACUUUACAGGAGAAGAGAAGAACCCUGCAGUGCAGAAGGCUGUCUUUAUAUCAAAGAACGAUAUAGACAAGUGGUAUAGCAAAGAACAGCAGAGAUCAGAGCACUCAGGCCGAGGACACAGAUAUGCAGAAGAGGAGUCUGGACAGACGUGCCAAACAGCAUAG